CCGAUAAGGACUACCAUGGUCCUGAAAAUGUUACGAAAGCGCACGCUGCAGCGCUCGUCAUCAGUUGGCGAAACCUUAACUGCUCCGGAAACGGUAGCGUUACUUGACAACUCCAGCAUUAAUAAACCACAACCGAAAAUGGCGCCGGCAAAUCAGCCCGUUAAAGUGCAGCGGAUGUCGGAAUCCUCGGUGGAAUACUAUCAGCGCAAUAAUAAUUUUCUGAUCCGCCAUCAGAAAUGGAUUUGGGGAUUGGUGUUGGGGGUGUUUGUCGUCGCGGUGAUUUUACUGUGCUUGGGAUUAACGGGAAAUCUGGGCAGCAGUGAAGUGACCACACCACCGCCGCCGACGACCAUAGUAUACCGACCCGAACGGACCACACCCAUACCACCGACCACGCCACUGCCACCGCCGAGUAUUGUUGAGCCGGAUCACCGAAUUGACUGCGCUCCGAAUAUGAACAACGCCGUUGUAAGGCCAAAUAAUUGCGCUGCAUCGGGAUGGAAUGCCUUUUGUCAAUAUGAAAACCACACAGAUGUCCGCAUACCCAAAUGUUAUUUUGAUCCGGCCAGAGGAGGAUUCCGUACAGAAAAGCUUUCAAGCGGCUUGCCGAAUAUUGAUAUCUACAGUCUUACCGCCAUUCACCCAAGAAAAUUCGGUCUCCAGUUUGCCCAGCCAAGACUGACUGUGGAAAGAAAGAGCGGGAAAAUUUUACGAGUCAAAUUUGAUAACGCUGCGGAGCAACGCUAUGAAGUGCCUGUGCCACUCAAACCGAUUCCAUAUGACCGAUACUGGCUUCAUGACGUAACGGUUCCGGCUACUACCACAGGAAUAACUGUGCAGCGACGCAGCACCGGAGUCAAAAUUUGGGAUCUUAGUCUCGGGGGACUGAUGCUUGAGCACCAGUUCCUACAAUUUACCACUAAGCUUCCUUCGGAAAACUGCUAUGGAUUUGGUGACAACCGGCAUCAUUCGUUCAAGCAUAAAUUCGACUGGAAAUUAUGGCCUAUGUUUUCACGCGAUCAGGCACCGACCGACCCGAAUGCCCAGCAUAACCUGUAUGGCGUUCACCCAUUUUAUAUGUGCAUUGAGGCCGACGGCAACGCUCAUGGAGUCCUACUUCUCAACAGCAACGCAAUGGAAUACAAAUUCCAGCCUGCACCAGCUUUAACUCUACGCUCAUUCGGAGGUAUACUGGAUUUCUAUAUUUUCAUGGGUCCCACUCCAGAAAAUGUCAUACAGCAGUACACGCAGCUAACUGGCCGCACAUUCAUCCCUCCGUACUGGGCGCUGGGAUUUCAGAUUAGCCGAUGGGGAUUCGAAAGUCUGGAUGUUGUAAAGAAUGUGGUACAACGAAAUGUAGAUAAAAAUAUACCACUGGAUGCUGUGUAUGGGGAUAUCGAUUACAUGCGUCACCGUCAGGAUUUUACGUUGGACCAAGAUUUAUAUGGAGGCCUUCCUGAAUACAUCAAUCAGCUUCAUAAUCAGGGCAUGAAAUAUGUCAUUAUUCUGGAUCCCGCAAUUCACGUUGACGCAGGAAGACUACAUCCCAAUGAUCCGGUAUAUGAACCACAUAUCGAAGCUGUUAGGGAUGAUGUGUACAUCAAGUGGCCCAAUACCUCUAACAACGUUAAUGCCAAUUUUAACGGAUCUAAUAAGAUCAUGCUGGGUAAAGUUUGGCCGGAUGGACGUGUGGCUUUUCCGGAUUUUUUCAAAGAGUCAACCAAGGCGUGGUGGACACGCUGGAUUAAUUACACGUACCACGAUUUGGGCAUAAAAUUUGAUGCUCUCUGGAUUGACAUGAACGAAGUUUCUUCUUGGGACACCAACAAGAUUGUAUCACCACCAUGUCAUACGGGUUUGCAAGGAAAUCAUGAGUGCCAAUCGCUGCAGUGUCCCGGUGGUUCUUUGGAGUCUCCCAUUUUUAAACCAGCUGCCAUAACCAUUUAUGGAUCAACCACAAAAUUGUCGGACAAAACACUGUGCAUGACAGCCGAGCAGGAACUAAACGGAGUCCUUUAUCAACAGUAUAAUGUUCACAGUCUUUAUGGAUGGAGUCAAGCAAAGGUCACCUACGAAGCGGCUCAGAGCAUUCGUGGUGAACGUUCGUUUGUCUUUUCACGCUCAACAUAUCCGACCGGCCAACAAUACGUUGGACACUGGCUUGGUGACAACGCUGCUAAUUUCAACGAUUUGAAACAUUCGAUUAUUGGUCUACUGGAAUACAGUUUGUUCGGAUAUGCUUAUGUUGGAUCUGAUAUUUGUGGAUUUGACAAUACCACAACGUCACUGUGUUCACUCUGGUCAGCUGCGGGUGCUUUCUAUCCCUUUUCGAGAAAUCAUAAUGCUCUGGGUGCCAAGGAACAGGAUCCUGGAAAUGACCCGGUGGUAGCGAAAUUUGCACGAGUGGCUCUCACCGAGCGAUACCGAUUGCUCCCGUAUCUGUAUACGCUUUUCUAUAAAGCGCAUGUUUACGGAGAUACCGUGUCGAGACCACUUCAUCAUAUCACGUCGCCUGAAUGCCCUGGCGCUGUUAUUGCUCUCCACUUGCGCGCUGGUCACAUAGUGCCGGUAAUGGACCCUUCGACAACAACGGAAGAAAGUCGAAAGAAUCCUUUGCGACUGCUAAUUGCCACGUCCAGUACAUCAGUCAAGUCGUCCGGAGAACUCUUUUGGGACGAUGGCAAAAGCAUCGACACCUUCGAAAACGGCAACUAUUAUCACGCACAGUUUACUUAUGACAGUGUGACCAAAACGCUGGAUUGGACAGUGGUCAAGAAUACCAUCGAUACCGUUCCGAUUUUGCAAGAGUUACUUAUUUAUUCACAACCGCAACCCGGUGUGAAUUUUGACAUUUUUAUUAAUGGACAGCUCCAAAAUAACGCAGCCGUGGCUAUGAGCUUCCAGCGUUUAUCUGUUUCUCUGCCUUCGGCUUCCGGACAAUCCAUAACGUCAUCGUUUCAACUGGAGCUGCGGGAAAGACUUGGAUUUGCUACCUUAGCUAACUUUAAGCUAACUUGGUUAACUUGGCUUCGUUUAUUUGUAAACACAUACGAUGUAAUUGGAUACAUACAGAUACGCCGUGUUGGCAUACCAUAUUAUUCUGUUUUGGCGGAUAAUAUUAAUGACCGCAUAAACUGGGGAAAUCGCGCAUACAUCGCACAUCAAUUAGUCAAGAUGGCGCUCAAAAUUAUAUGCAGUGUUUUGCCGAUAUGGGUGUGUUUUAACUUGGUUGUUAUUCGUGGGAAAACUGAGGUGACAAGUACUGGAGAACGGUCACACACUGAACCGGACAAUAGCAUUGCUCCGCCCUUCCGAAUUGACUGCAUUCCACAUAAUCCCAAUUCCACUGAAGGUGUUUGCAAAACGCACCAUUCCAGUUGCAUUUAUGACGAGAAUGUGGUUUACGAAGACGCACCACAAUGCUACCUUGACCCCGGGAAAUUUGGAUACCGAGUAAUAACAAAAAUUCCAAGUGAUCAGUCGAACAAGGAUGUGUAUCAUCUAGCGGCCAUCCAUGAUAAAAAAUUAUACUCGACCAAGUUCGUACAGCCGCGACUGGUGGUAGAAAGGAUGAGCGGGACCACGUUGCAUAUGAAGUUUGAUGACGCCGCAAUGUCGCGUUACGAGGUACCUGUUGAAUUACAACAAAUCCCAUACGAUGAUUCGUUCCUGUAUGAUGUGAAUAUUCCGAAAGGGGAAACUGCUAUCGACCAGUUAUUCAUAGCCCGCCGCCAUUCAGAAACCAAAAUUUGGGAUUUUGGCCUGGGCGGGCUUUUUCUCGAACAGCAGUUCCUGCAGUUCACAACAAAACUUCCUUCAAACAACUGCUACGGUUUCGGAGAAAACCUGCAUGAUUCGUUCAAGCACAAAUUUGAUUGGAAAACAUGGGCAAUGUUUUCUCGUGAUGAGCAACCCAUAUAUCCCAAAGCUCAGCGUAACCUUUACGGCGUGCAUCCUUUCUACAUGUGCGUAGAAGCUGAUGGAAACGCCCAUGGUGUCUUUCUCCUGAACAGCAACGCAAUGGAGUACAAACUUCUACCGGCACCCGCAUUAACUUUACGAUCAAUCGGUGGUGUUUUGGAUUUUUAUAUUUUCUUGGGGCCGACUCCGGAAAAUGUCGUACAACAAUACACUCAGCUUACCGGGCGCACAUUUAUCCCACCGUACUGGGCGUUAGGUUUUCAAUUAAGCCGAUGGGGUUUCGAAGAUCUGACUGUUGUCGAAAACACCGUAAAAAGAAAUGUUGAGCAGGGUGUGCCGUUGGAUGUCAUAUACGGUGAUAUCGACUACAUGCGCCAUCGCCAAGAUUUUACCGUUGACCAAAACAAGUUUUCGGGACUGACUGAGUAUAUUACCGAGCUUCACCAAAAAAAUAUGAAAUCCGUAAUAAUACUGGAUCCGGGGAUUCACGUCGACGCUGAUCGAUUUCAUCCAACGGAACCAAAAUAUAUGCCACACGAGGAAGCUGUUGUAGAUGACGUGUACAUAAAAUGGCCAGUGAACUUUUCGGUUAUUGACCCAGAAAAUAGUGGACCAAAUAGAGCCAUGCUGGGAAAAGUGUGGCCCGACGGGAGAGUGGGAUUUCCGGACUUUUUUAAAUCGUCUACAAAGUCUUGGUGGACACGGUGGAUAAAUUACACAUACAAUGAUUUGGGAAUACGAUUUGAUUCCCUAUGGAUCGACAUGAAUGAGGUUUCAUCGUGGGAUACUAACAAACGGAUGCAUCCGCCUUGCUACCAAAUACCGAAAAACGAAAACCAUUCUUGUACGACACUCCAGUGUCCCGAAAAUAUGUGGGAUGAUCCUCCCUACAAGCCAGCUGCCGCUAGGAUUUAUGGUUCAUCAGUAAGGCUCUCCGACACAACGCUUUGCAUGGUGGCCGAACAGGAUAUGGAUGGCGUUACAUAUAAACAGUACGAUGUCCACAGUCUGUAUGGAUGGAGUGAAGGAAAGGUCACCUAUGAAGCAGCCCAAAAAAUACGAGGAUCGCGUACGUUUGUCUUGUCGCGCUCAACAUUCCCAACUGGUCAACGAUAUGUCGGCCAUUGGUUGGGUGAUAACGCAUCCAAUUUUACUGACCUGCGACACUCCAUCACCGGCUUACUGGAAUUCAGCUUAUUUGGCUAUGCAUAUGUUGGAGCUGAUAUUUGUGGAUUUAACGGUAACACGACCCGUAGACUGUGCUCGCUGUGGUCGGCAGCCGGUGCCUUUUAUCCUUUUUCGCGAAAUCACAAUGUACUGGGCGGUAAUGAGCAAGAUCCCGGAAAGGAUCCGGUUGUUGCGAGAUUCGCCCGCUUGGCGCUGACCGAACGAUACCGCCUGCUGCCAUAUCUGUACACGCUUUUCUACCGGGCACAUGUUUAUGGAGAUACUGUAUCCCGACCGCUUCAUCACUUGUACCCCAGUGAUUCCAAGUCUUUGGAAACUGACACGCAGUUUUUUUGGGGAGAUGCGCUAAUGAUUAGCCCCAUCGUGGAAAAUGUGACUGCACGAUCUGUGUACAUACCGUCGUCCGAAUUCUAUGAUUACUACGACGGCAGUUUGAUUAACUCGACAGAAGUAGCUUUCAGCAUUGAGUCAUCGUGUUUUUCUGAAACAGCACAUUGCUGGGGACCAGUUGUACCGCUGCACCUGCGCGGUGGACGCAUAAUUCCUAUAAUGGACCCAGGAACCACAACGGAAGCUAGUCGGAAAAAUCCCUUGCGGUUGUUGAUAACCGCAACGAGUACAGAGGAGAAGUCGUCUGGGGAGUUAUUUUGGGAUGACGGAGUUAGUAUUGAUACCUACGAAAACCAGAAAUAUUACCAUGCCGAAUUUAGCUAUGACAAUGUGGCGAAAAUUCUUGAGUGGAAUACCAAAAUUGCCAAUAUGCCUGUGAGCGAUGUUCCACUGCUGCAUGAGCUGCUUAUCUACAGCAGCGAUACUCCAAACCCGGACGAUGUCUUUGAUGUUACUGUCAACGGACAGGACUAUAGUAAUAACGUGAAAUCAAAUGACAGUUACAAGUAUUUGUCUGUCUCACUGCAACCGGCACUUCAAAUAAUGUCAUCUUUUCGCGUCCAAUUACGCAGAAAAUCCUCUGGUCAUGCCCCUGUGAUGUCUUACGUGUGAUCGAAGGAAGGACACUUACAAGAGAUAACGAUCACACAAGUGUAUUUAAAACUAUAAAUCAAAGCUCUGUUCGAAAGGUCAUCUAGAUGAAUAAUUGAAUCUGUGUUACGAUUGCAUAUUUUGCUGACCAAACUCAAAACCCGUUAAUAUGUUUUCUGAUCUCUUGAUUUUGAUAAUUAGGAACACCGACUCAUUUUGUCCAAA